GGGGUGCGGGGCUCUCACAUCUUCGGGUCAGACGGGCCUGCCAUGUGGCGUGGCGUGGUUGUAUGGUGCCUCGCUGCCGCGCUCGUCCGGCUAGCAGAUUCAGCGGCAUGUAAAGGAUGUUCCAACCCAUUCACAUGCGACUGCUCUGGCAUCAAGGGAGAGCAAGGGAUGCUGGGGAUCCACGGACUCCCUGGCGUGGAGGGUCCCCCAGGAGAGAUAGGAUUGGAUGGACCGCCAGGACCUAAGGGAGAGAAGGGACGUAUGGGAGAGGGCGGGGAAACAGGAGAGAAGGGAUACAGAGGAGACGUGGGGUUUCAAGGAACUCAAGGAUCACCGGGAAUACCUGGAUAUCCCGGAUCUGCUGGUCCCAGGGGACCCGCGGGUCUGGAAGGGUGCAAUGGGACAGAUGGACUCCCCGGAGUGUAUGGAGGUCCGGGUGCUCCGGGUCUGAGAGGAGAUCCGGGAAACCCUGGCAGGAAAGGUCCUCCUGGAGAAGCUGGAGAAGGAGGCACCAACAGUCCUGGAGCGAAGGGAGAUAGGGGCGAUUCUGGACUACCGGGACCUCAGGGACCGCCGGGAUACAGAGGACAGGAAGGAUCCAUUGGACCUACAGGACCCACUGGCGAUAUGGGUCCGCAAGGAGACCCAGGCUGGGGAGGUGAAAAAGGAGAUGACGGAGAUACAAAACCCGGUCAGAAGGGACAACCGGGUGAUCCGGGUGAACAAGGGGACCCAGGACCUCCAGCGAUCAGCAAUGGGGACCAUCCAGAGGCAGGAACAGGGACUGACUCCAGCGCCUUCAAGGGACCCAAGGGACCUAGAGGUCCUAAGGGCUUCCGUGGAGACUGGGGACCGAAGGGAGAAAUGGGAGCGAAAGGUCCACUGGGAUUUUCAGGGUUGGCGGGUCAGAAAGGCUACAAAGGUGAGCAAGGUGCCGAUGGACCCAGAGGCAAGCAGGGAAAAACUGGACCCGAUGGACCUCCCGGGCUCAAAGGACAGAAAGGAGCUCCCGGGUUAACUGGACUGGACGGGCUCGACGGAGCUAAGGGUCAACCAGGAGAAGAGGGAAGAAUGGGAAGACCUGGAGACCAAGGUCCUGAGGGAAUUCCUGGAAGAUAUGAACCCAACCUGGACUUAAUAGUCAAAGGACCAGAGGGCAGUCAGGGACCUGUAGGUUUUCCUGGAGAUCAAGGCCCUUCAGGAAUCCCAGGAAGACCAGGAAGUGUCGGGAUCAUCGGAGCCCCAGGUCCUCCCGGAGCCCCUGGAGCACCCGGUGGAAGAGGUCCCAUUGGACUUUCACUUAAAGGAGAAGCAGGAACAGACGGAGCGCCUGGAACUCCUGGAUUACAAGGAGCCCCCGGACCUUCUGGACCAAGAGGAGUAAUUGGAAAGAAAGGAUAUCCAGGGCAGACUGUGAUAGGAUCACAGGGUCCCGCUGGGUAUCCCGGCAGAAGUGGCAUUCCCGGACAACCAGGAGACCGAGGAGAACUGGGACGUAGAGGAAUGAAAGGUUACCCAGGAACAGGAGUGCCAAUUGUAGGACCACCGGGAGAGAAGGGAAUACCCGGACCUCAGGGAGAUUCUGGAUGGCCUGGAGGAGAAGGGUUUCCUGGACUUCCAGGAAAGAAGGGACCUAAAGGAGAUGACUGUGGUAUCUGCCCACCAGGUUUGCCGGGUCUGAAUGGAGAGCCAGGGGAAGGUGGAAGACCGGGUCAGGCAGGUCCUCCGGGUCGGGCAGGUCUGGUGGGUCCAAGAGGACCAAAGGGGGGCCAAGGUUUUAAUGGGGUCAAGGGGGAUAAAGGACCUAAGGGGCGGUCUGGCCAACCUGGUUUGGCCGGAGCUCAAGGACCCAAGGGAGAAGAGGGGAAGGUCCGCUUCCCUCCAGACGCUAUACUAGAUUUUGGAGAUAAGGGACUUCCCGGAUACAUCGGCAGUCCAGGUUUCCGAGGUGAACCAGGAGAGAAAGGACUUUCUGGAUACAACGGACUCAAAGGCCUUAGGGGAAUGAAGGGAAUGACAGGAGACUCAGGUAUUCCUGGUCAGGAUGGCUGGAAUGGUAAUCCAGGUCUGCCAGGUUUCAAGGGAGAGAACGCAGAGUUUCUGGGGCGAGAGUAUCUUCUGAGAGGUGACCCGGGAUAUGACGGAUACCCAGGCGAACCCGGACAACCCGGAGACAAGGGAGCGAGAGGUUUACCUGGAGACAUGGCUGAAAACUCAGUAGACAUCCAGGGAGAGCCUGGGCCACCUGGACCUAGGGGAGACAGGGGUUACGAUGGCAGGAAGGGGUACCAAGGACCAACAGGAGAUGCUGGAGUUGCUGGACUUCCUGGGGAUCAAGGACCAUCAGGAAUAGAGAUCCAGGGUCCACCUGGACAACAGGGAUUCCCAGGGGAGUUUGGAGACCCAGGAUUCCGAGGACGACCAGGACCUCUCGGAGUGUAUGGACCUAAAGGAGUUGCAGGUAGAGACGGAGAAAAGGGUUCAAGAGGAGAUCCCGGAGCCAGUAUCCUGCAGGGAGAGAUGGGAGAGCCCGGACCAUACGGGGAUAAGGGACAACCAGGAGACGAAGGUCCUCAGGGACUGAAGGGAUCGAGGGGAUACGACGGGUUCAAGGGAAUCAAGGGAGAAAAGGGGGCACCUGGACUUCAAGGCAUUCCUGGCAGAGAGGGACCUCAUGGACCUCCUGGAGACACAAUUCCAGGACUUCCAGGAAUUCCGGGACAGCCAGGAAUGGAUGGUUUGCCUGGAGACCCUGGAUAUCCUGGACAGAAAGGACAGGAUGGACCAAUCGGAGAGAUGGGAUUGAAAGGAUUGAAAGGGGACUUUGGUUUUCCCGGUCGGAGAGGUAUCGACGGAGAGCCAGGACUACCAGGAUAUCCCGGACGUCCGGGACGCAAAGGUCUCAAUGGGAUAAGAGGAAUAGAAGGAGACACCGGAGACAUGGGGCUUACAGGCCUCCCUGGACCAAGAGGUCAGGUGGGACCCCAGGGAUAUCAAGGGUUCAAAGGUGAAAGAGGGGAAAGGGGAUGGCAAGGUCCGGUGGGACCUAUGGGGCUCCAAGGAUUCCAGGGAGACUCAGGAGAUGUAGGUUAUCCUGGAUUGCCUGGACCUCCUGGGGACUCAGCUUUCAGUGGGCUUCAAGGAGACGUUGGCGAACCUGGUUACCCCGGACCAAUAGGCUACCCAGGACAACCCGGAAUGGAUGGAAUGCCAGGACUACCGGGAGAUGAUGGAGUUAUCUAUGCAGGAGCUACGGGAGUUAAAGGAAUGAAGGGUGAACCCGGAUACUACGGACUACCAGGACAGGAUGGACUAAAUGGAACUCGAGGAGAUUUUGGACCCAAAGGACCUAAAGGGAUCCCAGGAGAUGACGGCUAUGCUGGAUUCCCCGGACAAAAAGGAAGAGCAGGACUACCAGGAUUUAAGGGACUUCCAGGAGGAAUAGGAAAACCAGGAUUUAAUGGAUCGAAAGGGGGGCAAGGCAUGGAAGGUGAUCCAGGCGAAAUGGGUUUUCCAGGUCUGCCUGGAGAUGUGGGCGACAGAGGUCCUCCGGGACUCACAGGUCCCAAGGGUCCCAAAGGAUAUGUUGGGGACCCUGGAGGUCCGAGAUAUUCAACAGCACCCAAGGGAGACUUAGGAGAACCAGGACUCAACGGACUUCAGGGGAAAAAAGGACCUCAGGGAGACUAUGGCAAUCAAGGAUACAUCGGGUUUAAGGGUGACCGAGGUGACUUUGGGGAGCCUGGGCUUCCUGGCCCAAAAGGUUUCCCAGGUCGUGAGGGAGCUCCGGGAGAUCAAGGACCUCCGGGAGCUUACCCCCCUCCGUCCGGAAUUAUUUUACGAGGAGAGCCUGGAGAGCCAGGGAUAGACGGGAUACCAGGGCGUCCCGGAUGGUCGGGACAGAAAGGGGCUCCUGGGGAGUAUGGCAGGGAUGGACCAGAUGGAAUACCAGGACCUAAGGGAUACAGUCCUAGAGGACCAAAGGGUUUCAGAGGAGAACCAGGAUACACAAUCCCAGGAACUCCAGGAUUGAUGGGUGCUCCGGGGCUGGAUGGACUUCCAGGAUUACCCGGAAAUAAGGGGUUACAGGGAGAACCAGGAUACUCACUGACAAGUCCAAAGGGUAUUCCUGGAGAUGAAGGCCUGACAGGAUUAAUCGGAGAUUAUGGACCGAAGGGAGACAAGGGUGACGCUGGAUUACCCGGACGCCCAGGUUCUCCGGGAGUAGACGGAUUCCGAGGACCUCCGGGUCUGGAUGGAAACCCGGGUACACCUGGAUUCCCAGGCCUCAAGGGCCAUAAAGGAGACCAAGGCGAGACUCCGUACUAUUUUGAGGACGCAUUGAGAGGAUAUCCUGGAGACAAAGGAGAUGAUGGAAUACCAGGAUACCCAGGACCUCCUGGACAACAAGGACUGCCAGGUCUGAACGGACUUAAAGGAGUUCGAGGGGACAUAGGAUUCCCAGGACCUCAGGGCUUCUCGGGUUUCCCAGGAAAGAAGGGAGAGAGAGGUUUCCCAGGAAAUCCUGGGCUUAGCGGUUUACCUGGAGAGUUGGGUAGGGCAGGAGAGCCGGGUAUUCCAGCAAAACAACGCAAGGAACCUCCUAAUAGAGGCUUCUUCUUCACCUUCCACUCUCAGUCCGAUCUUAUCCCGGAGUGUCCUACGGGAACCAAGAUGAUGUGGGGAGGUUACUCCUUGCUGCACUUCAUGGGCAAUGCUCACGCCCACGGACAAGACCUAGGUGCUCCGGGCAGUUGUCUGCUAAAGUUCUCUACAAUGCCAUUCCUGUUCUGUAACCUUAACGAGGUAUGUGACUACGCGAGUCGCAGCGACUACAGCUACUGGCUCUCCACUGAGGAGCCUAUGCCUAUGAUGAUGAUGCCAAUACCUUCUGCUGAGAUGACUAGAUAUAUCUCUAGAUGUGCCGUGUGUGAGGCUCCUACCAGGGUGAUUGCGGUCCACAGUCAGUCCAUGUCCAUUCCCCCUUGUCCUGCCGGAUGGGAGGAAUUGUGGAUUGGAUACAGCUUCAUUAUGCACACAGACGCAGGCGCUGAAGGCGGAGGACAGUCUCUUGUCAGCCCUGGCUCAUGUCUAAAGGACUUCCGACCAACACCGUUCAUCGAAUGUCACGGCACCGGCCGAUGCAACUACUUCACCACAGCCUACUCUUACUGGCUAGCAACCAUAGAGGAGAGGGAUAUGUUCCGCAAGCCCCGACAACAGACGUUGAAGGGUAACACGCUGCAGUCUCGUAUCAGCAGAUGUUCUGUAUGUCUACGCCAGAGACAGAGUAAGAAAGCUCCAAGUAGACUACAGAGUUGGAACACCAGAACCAACACCAAAUACUGGCCUCGGCCUCGGCCCAACUACUAGUCAUUGUACCAACCCGACAAACGCUAAACUGUGUGAUAGCUGAGUGAAACCUCCUCGUGACAGUCGUGAAAGCUCAAGCACCCUGGGACGGUUCAUAUUUUGACUGUCAUCACUAACAAUUUGAUUUAGCUUACAAUCAUAUUUUUACAUUGUUCUGAGUUAUUUGGUUUGAAAUUUGUAACUAAACGUAGAGAGAUCAAAUGUCUAUAAUGUAUGGAAAUUUUUUUAGUUCCCACCAAGUCAAAUUUCCCUCAUAUGUAGAAUUAUUUUGGUAUGUAAAUCAAUGUAACUAGAUUUGAUUUUCAUGUAGUAAUUAUAAAGUUAUAACGUCUUAGGGCUUGUUUGAAUAAAUUUUGAAUAUUUUGUAAUGAUUAACUAUAAGACAUUUAAAUGUAAUUUUGUUAGCUGAUUUAGUGUUUUUAUUGCUUGGAGGAGUCUUUACUAGGUCUAUAUUUAUAAUAAUUGUUAUUGAGUGUUAGUGUUUUACGAGUAAUAUUAACAGUGUAUAAAGUGUCAUAUUUAUAAGUUAAUUACCAUAUAAAGUUACUGAGAAUGUCUAUUGUAUUGUAAAUAAAAUGUAUUAAAACAAAUUAAAAUUGUAACUUAAGCUUAGUGGUCGUAGACAGUCUAAGAGAAACACUGCCACUGUAAUAUAGGAUAAAGGACCAAUGUUUUAUAAAUAAACGUAGAAAGACUU